AUGGACCAACAACCAGAGAAGCGCAAAUACGCCGGCCCUACCGUAGGCCCUACCGUCGGCCCCAGCCCCGCGCUCGUCGAGCCGGAAGACGCAUCCAGCAAACGCCGCCGAGUCAUCGGCCCCUCCCUUCCCCCACCGGCGCAAACCAGCGCCAGCGACGACGACGACGACGACGACGACGACGACGACGACGACGACAACAACAACACGCGCAAACCCAGCGACAACGACAACAACAGCGACAGCGACAGCUCAGAUGACGACGACUUCGGCCCAACCCUCCCCCCACCAGCCAGCAGCGCACAACCCACUCAGACCCCACCAAGCGCCAGCACCCUAACCUCCACCUCCCCCUCCACAACUUUAAAACCAACACAACCCACACGCGACGCUUGGAUGCUCGAACCUCUCGAACCCUCCGACCGAAACGCACGCAUCGACCCCACCCGCCUAAAAAACCGGCGCUUCCAGUCCGGGCCCCGCGCCGGCAACGCCAGCGCCUCUGGCGGUGGAGUCGAUGUAACGUGGACGGAGACCCCAGACCAAAAGAUGAAGCGGCUCCAGGACGAGGUGUUGGGCGUGCAGGCGCCGCGGAAUAAUGAUUCGGGGGGUGGUGGUGGCGCAGGGGCCAAGCAGACUCAGCCGUCCAAGGCAAUGCAGGAGAAGAUUCAGCGGUAUAAUGAGGAGAAGCGGCGGGAGGAUGCAGCGGCGCGGGAGAAGCACAAGAAGGCCCACAAGGAGGAGGAGGAUGAUCCGAGUAAGCGGGCGUUUGAUCGCGAGAAGGAUAUGGGGCUCGCGGGGAAGAUUUCCCAUGCGCAGAGGCGGGAGAUGAUGAGUAAGGCGGCGGAUUUUGGGAGUCGGUUUUCGAGUGGGAAGUUUUUGUGAGGCGGGGAUGAGGGAUGAGGGAAUUUUGCGGGGGGAGGAGGGGGUUGCGGUAAGGGAUGAGGAGGAGGAGGAGGAGGAGGAGGUUACAUUGUUGCGUGGUGGGUGGAUGGGGGUUGUCUCCGACUUCUGUCUAUCUACUUCGAAUUUUCAUAAGGUGGUUUCGAUGGGGAAGUAUACAGAUCAAAGAAUUUGUUGAAGAUUGUAUAUAAUGAGUCGACUUGAUAUAUCGGACAACACUAUAACCUGAGUGGACCGGAUGAGAAUGCCGACGGAUGACAGGCGGAAGAGGUUCCGGUUUGUGUCAGGGUUGUUUGUUUCCCUGUCUGUCUAUCCUGUCUUGUUUUGUCUUUCUGUUUGUGGGUUGCUUUUUCCGCAGAUAAACCUGAUAAA